GGGACCUGGGCCAGGGAACGCCCCGCUCCGGGGUCGGACCUGGGCGGGGACUACGCCGAGGCUGCGGAAGCUGGGGCGAGAAGGACCCGGGGAGCCCGUGGAAACGCACGUCCGUUGCCGCCGCCGGAGCCUGCGAGCCCAGACCGAGCCAUGUUGCUGGAACUUCUCCUCGCCUCGGUGCUGGGCUUCUUCAUCUACCGAUUUGUCUAUGGAGACAAGGAGGAGACUCUGCCCCUUGAUGAUGGCUGGUGGGGGCCAGGAUCAAGGCCCUCAGGCAGGGAGGAUGAGAGCAUCCGUCCCUUCAAGGUGGAGACGUCCGACGAGGAGAUCAAAGACUUACACCAGAGGAUCGACAGGAUCCGCUUGACCCCGCCAUUGGAGGACAGUCGCUUCCACUACGGCUUCAACUCCAACUACCUGAAGAAGGUCCUAUCCUACUGGAGGAACGAGUUUGACUGGAAGAAGCAGGUGGAGAUUCUCAACUCGUACCCUCACUUCAAGACCAAGAUCGAAGGACUGGACAUCCACUUCAUCCAUGUGAAGCCCCCGCAGCUGUCCUCCAGCCGGACUCCUAAGCCCUUGCUGAUGGUGCACGGCUGGCCCGGCUCCUUCUUCGAGUUUUAUAAGAUCAUCCCACUGCUGACCAACCCCAAGAGCCAUGGCCUAAGCGAUGAGCACAUUUUUGAAGUCAUCUGCCCUUCCAUUCCAGGCUACAGCUUCUCAGAGGCACCCUCCAAGAAGGGCUUCAACUCAGUGAGCACUGCCAGGAUCUUCUACAAGCUCAUGCAGCGCCUGGGCUUCCAGGAGUUCUACAUCCAGGGCGGGGACUGGGGGGCCCUGAUUUGCACGAACAUUGCCCAGCUUGUGCCCAGCCACGUGAAAGGACUGCACUUGAACAUGGCCCUGGUGCUAAGAAAUAAAUACACGCUGACACUUCCCCUGGGACAGCGUGUCGCCGCCCUCUUUGGCUGCACUGAGAGGGAUAUAGAGCUGCUGUUCCCCUUCAAGGAGAAGGUGUUCUACAGCUUGAUGAGAGAGAGUGGCUACAUGCACAUCCAGAGCACCAAGCCGGACACUGUGGGCUGUGCACUGAAUGACUCCCCCGUGGGUCUGGCCGCGUACAUCCUAGAGAAGUUUUCCACCUGGACCAAUUCAGAGUUCCGGGACCUGGAGGACGGAGGCCUGGAGAGGAAGUUCUCCCUGCAGGACCUGCUGACCAACAUCAUGCUAUACUGGACCACAGGCUGCAUCGUCUCCUCCCAGCGCUACUACAAGGAGAACAUGGGCCAGGGCUUCAUGAACCAAAAGCAUGAGCGGAUGAAGGUAUAUGUGCCCACGGGCUUCGCCGCCUUCCCCUGUGAAAUCAUGCAUUUGCCAGAGAAGUGGGUGAGGUCCAAGUACCCGAAGCUCCUCUCCUACUCGUAUAUGGCCCGCGGGGGCCACUUCGCCGCCUUCGAGGAGCCCGAGCUGCUGGCACGGGACAUCCAGAAGUUCGUGGGGUUGGUGGAACGGCAGUGACGUCCCGGUAAUGCACCCUGUCUGGAGGGUUUGCUUCCCCACCACCCCCUGCCAGAGCCCACCUCUCACUGCCACACUCACCACACCACCCCUGGCACAUGCUGACACCCGUGGUAACAACAUGGCUUUGCUAAUAAAUGGUUUGAGUUAUACCA